GGUACAUGUGGCGCUUAGGAGGAAAUUCAAAUACGAAGACGCAGGUGCAAAGAAAGCUAGAAGUGUGUUUUAUGCGAUGCUGGAUGAGAUCUACGCGUGAUCGCGUGCGCGAUAGAAGGCCAGAGGAACGAAUUUGUAGUCAGCAAAAGGGGCGAAAUGCUCACUUGCUCAAGACAGGCGCAGGAUUUUGGGGAAGUCCGGGUGGAACAAACUCGGCCUCGAAACAUCACUACCCGUUUGUAGAGCUUGUUUAG